UGCGUCUUUUGGCCUGCGUGCUGCCGUGCGUUCUUUCGGGUCGUCCUGCGCCGGGUGUGAUGCCUGGUGCCCCGACAGCAGAGAGCCCCUUGCCAGCAGGCUCUGAGAAUGGCUCUGGAAGAAGACAAUGGGGGCUGUGGAUCACGGCUGGCAUUGGUGGGACCCUGGUGGCACUGUAUGCUGUCGUCACCCCCUUUGUGGCUCCGGCUCUGAGGAGAGUUUGCCUGCCCUUUGUUCCUGCAACUUCAGCUCAGAUUGAGAACGUCCUGAAAAUGUUACAAGGCAGAAGAGGCUCUGUAGUUGACAUUGGUAGUGGGGACGGCCGUAUUGUGAUAGCAGCUGCAAAAAGGGGAUUUGAAGCUGUUGGUUAUGAGUUAAAUCCCUGGUUAGUCUGGUACUCCAGAUACCGUGCCUGGAGGGAUGGGGUACAUCACAACGCCAAGUUUUAUAUUUCGGAUCUAUGGAAGGUUUCUUUUUCACGUUAUACAAAUGUUGUUGUUUUUGGGGUGCCUCAAAUGAUGCCGGAGUUGGAGAAGAAACUCAAAGAAGAACUUGAAUGUAAUGCCAGAAUCAUAGCUUGUCGUUUUCCAUUCCCCUGCUGGAUCCCAGAUCAUACAACUGGAGAGGGAGUAGACACUGUAUGGGCCUAUGAUUUGAAGUAUUCUGGAGGAUUUGAAGCAAGAAACCUGAAAACUACACCAGAAAGAGAAUCUUGAACAUCCAGUGUGUUUAUGUACUGAAAUUUUCAGCUUUGACUUCAUUUGUUACAUGAUAAGUGUAACGCGAAAUAUACCUCAGGGUAUGGAGGGCUAUAUUCUCUAAAAUGAUGGGGAGUACACUGAUUAUUUGAAAACACAAAAAGGUAUAGUUUAAGGAUGUAAUGUGGUUGAUAAAAGAAUGAGAAAUCGUUACAGAAAUCAAUAACUGUGAUAUGGAAAAUGGAGUAAAACAAGGUACAGUAAUGUUAAGUGGAACUUGUAAGUUCAAAUACUUGAAUUGGCUAACCUAAAAUGUGUGUUCUUUUUGAUCUUAUAUAACAUUUGCUACUGUUUUUGGGGGUGGUAUGCCAUUGGCUUCUCAAAUGAGCCGUAGUUCCCAAAUGUCUUCAUUAGGUAAGCUAAACAAGCAUAAUCAAUAUACAUCAUACAUCAAACCGAUGCAAACAGAGUGUGGAGAGGCUGGUAUUUUGCACUUCAGUCAUAAAUGUGUGUUUUUAAAUGGGAUACGACACAACAAGCAAAUAUAAUGAGUACAUUUGUUAACAGAAUUGCAUCCCUUCAUUCUGAUUGUGCAUCUUUAUUUCUAUGGAGAUAAAACUGCAGGAAUGAGCUCUUGCUGGCAUAGGUCUUUGCAGAUGACCCUGAUUUUGUCCUAAGGUCUCUGAUUUGCAGUGGGGAGCUAUCACUGCUUUAAGGUUGUCCUUUUCUAACAUGGUUGCAACACUUGUCUGUUUUGUAACAUUCUGCUUACUUUACCUUUCUUUUGGUUCUUGAGUGAAGUUUGACCAUCUUCUCCAAUUAACAAUAAGUGAAAAUAAAAUAGUAGCCUACCUUGGCCCCAUUAUAAAACAACAGAAUGGCUGCAAGGGGCUUCCAAAGAUAAUUUAGUUCAAUCCUCCUCAAGCAAGGCUGGCUAGUCAGUUGCCCAUGGUCGUGUCAGUCAGCUUCUGAAUAUCUCUGAGGAGGGAGACUUUGCUAUGUAGUGUCCAUGUAAGUUUGUCAGACCUCUGUAUGUGAACUAUCUGUAGAACUAAGCUGGAACAAGUUAGGAAUUUGUCACCUGAUCAGACACUUUUUUUUGGGUCAACAAAAUGCCAAUAAAAAUUGAUGUUUCAUUAGCAAUUGAGAAGGUGUAUUUCUUGGACUUACAGUAUGUGACUUGAAAAUAAAUGGUACAGUAGAAUCUCAUGUACACAAAAAGAAGGAGGGAGCAAAUGUAUGUGCUAGAGCCUGCAAUGGAAAGGAUGGUUGCAGUCUUGCAUAUGGUCAAGUGCAGCUGUGAACAUCAAGACUAUCUCUUGAUGAAUACUUAUUACUGGUGAACCAACCUUUACAGCAUUUCACUACAGUGUCACAUAGUAGAUCUUGUUAAACUAUGCUAAACUCUUUCAAUGUUAUUUAAGAGAUGUAAGUAUUACAGUGAUAUGACUGGGCUACAGUGGCUUAUCUAAAAUGUCUAUGUUUAAUAUCCAUUUAAUGGCCUUAAAACUACAGUCUCAAAGGAUGUCUGAAACUGUUUCUACUAAAGUAGACUAUACAGAAGGGAUGUUAGCUUACUGAGCCGGGAGUCCUUCCCUGACUAUUUGUAAAGGGGAAGAAGCAAAAGAUUUUGAUAAAGUAAGGUUUGUCUCA